GAGAAGUGAGUAGUUUUGUGAGAGAUCAACACCAGACAACUGACUUUCAAAGAAGUUUAACUUUCAUGUUUGUAUAUAAUAAAGAUUUCAAAAGGAGAGUCAAGUGCUCAUGGAUGCUUCUUUCAGUAGGCGGGGAGCAACGGAUGCAUGGAUGGAUGCAGAGAACGAGGUUGAGGACUACCGGAGAUACAUACCACUCCUUAAUGCUGCACUCAGGGGAGACUGGGAUUCCGCCGAAAGAUUCUUCGACCAAGACCCACGUGCACUCACUGCCCAUAUCACUGAUGGAAAGGACACGGCACUCCACGUAGCAAUUAGGAGUGGAAGGUCAAUCGAAUUUGUGAAGAAAUUGGUGGAUUUGAUGCCGCCAGAGGCGCUGGCACUGCGUAACUCUUCCGGUUGCACUGCCCUUAUCAGUGCUGCACUGUAUGGAAACACCAAGGCUGCGGUUAUCGUGGUGGAGAAACACGAUACCUCCUUAUAUAUUCGCAAAGAUCAGAAUUCGUUACCGCUCCACUGUGCAGCUAAUAAUGGACAUAAGGACACCCUAUUGUAUUUGUUGAGUGUCACAAAGGAGGAUGAUCCAGUGUCCAAGCCAUUCGCAUACCCUUCUGGUGCUCUGCUUCUCUUACAAGUAAUAGAUUCCGAAUUUUAUGAUAUAGCCUUGCAUUUGGUUGGUCGUUAUCCCGAAUUAGCUACGCCAAUGGUACACGACGGUAGACACGCCCUGAAAACUAUGGCAUCAAUGGCAUCAGCAUUCCCAAGUGGUAUUCGCCUGAAUCGUUGGCAACAAUUAAUCUAUUCUUGUUCAGGUGAUAAGCUACCUCCAAGGACUUAGCUUGGAAGGACUUGGAUUUUGAAGACU